CCGACAGCUGUGCUCGUUCAAUAGAUGGAGCAGUCGAGCUCUAUAAACGGGAAAAUCCGUUUCGGUGAGAAGCACAGCAGCUCAGGGACUCACCCAAGCCAAUGGAGAGCCUGUGCCCGCGGUUUGCAAACCGUCAGUGUAGAGACUGGCAGUCAAUCAGCACUGAGAGUCAGCACCUCAUCCCAUCUAUAGCACCUGCACGCGGCAGAUUCUCAGCAAAAGAUAAACAAAAACAUCCCUGUUUCUUCUAGAAAGCGGGACAGAUCGCGGGAUAUACUUCGGGAAAGAUACAUUUUGCGAACAGCAUGAAGAAAAGCCAUUUGGUAAAAAGGGGUCUUCAGGAUGCCAACCAGCCGUCAUCCCAACCAGACAAAGUAGGCUGGAUCCGCAGGUUCAGUGGUAAAGGAAUAUUUAGGGAAAUAUGGCGAAACCGCUUUGUGAUGCUUAAAGGAGAUCAUCUGUACAUCUUUGAAAAAGAGAUGAAGAAUGAUGGGAAGACUCAUGAAGUGUUUGACCUGGCAAAGUACGAGCGCUCGGAGGAACUGCGAAAGGCCAAGAGCCAUAGCAAGAAGAACCACAGUAAAUUUACUCUGCUCCGCUGCCAACACCCUGGAAACAAGAGUCCCAAUCUUGUAUUUCUGGCCGUCAGUCCAGAAGAGAAGGAAUCGUGGAUCAAUGUUUUAAAUAAUGCUAUUACCAGAGCUAAGAAUCGUGUGCUGGAUGAGGUCAUGAUUGAGGAGGAGAGUCUUCUGGCUCACCCUACACGCGAUCGGGCCAAGAUACCACUUGGGCGCCGUUUGCCCACGCGGGGUCAUCUCAUGGCUGUGGCCUCUGCCUCCUCUGAUGGAAUGCUGACACUGGACUUGGUGAAUGAGGAGGAUGCUGGUAUGCUGGAUGAUGAUCAGGACGGGUGGUUGAAGGACCAUCAGGUCAGCCUGGAUAAACUGGCUCCUGGUCGUCAACGUGCUGGCACUGAUGCUUCCAGGCCACCGGCCUCCGUUUCAGAUGGCAAGGUGAAAACCAGCAGCUUGCCACGCAGGAGCGAGUUCUCCUGGAGCCAUGAAAAUCAGCCUCACACACCUCAAAUCGAGAAGAAGUUAGCUCAGGGCCGUAACCGAUGUGCUUCCAUGGAUGACGCUCUGUCCCGAGGAGAGAGAAAACCAAACAAGAAGAAUGGAGUCCAGGCAACACUGGCCCAGAGUCCCACGGGCCACCUGCAGGAACUAAUCAGCCAGCGGCUGCAGAGGACUCAAGAGCUGCUAGCGGAAAUUCAGGAACAGGAACCCCAUCGGGGAAGGAUGGGAUCUUAUCCCUACUUAAAAGGCAUUGACUCCCCCCGUCUCCGCCACCUCAAGGGCUCUGAUUCACCACACUCCAAGGGCUCAAGCUCACAUAGCUCACCCCACAGCAAAGGCACAGACUCACCCUCAGUAAGGGUGAAAGAUUCACCUGGUUCCAAAGGGAAAGAAUCGCCACAUGUGAAGUCAAAGGACUCGCCCCGUUUUAAGUCAUCCAAAUCCCCUCAUUCCAAGAGCGCACUUCGUUCGAAGAGCAUCGACUCACCCGAUUCAAAAGAAUCAAGUUCACCCCAUACGAAAUGCAUCGAUCUGACCCACAUUAAAGGUUCAGACUCGCCUCUGUCCACUGGCUCAAACUCGCCCCAUAUGAAGUCUACAGACCCCGCUUUUUUUCGGAUCUCUUAUUCGCCCCAUUUCAGAAGCAUGAAGGGUACUGAUUCUCCUCUCAGUGAAGCUUUGGACUGGGACAGCAGGAGGGCAGCUGCUGAGCGGCUCAUACAAGAGGCCAUUUCCUCCUGGCGAGAAGCUAGAGAGGUUCUGGCUGAGGUAAAGGAGCUACAAGCCAGACAGCAGCGGGCAGAGCACAGUAAAACUGGAACACCCACAACACCCUCACAAAAUCGCAAGCAAAAAAGCCCCUGACCAAAUCUCUAGUCAGUAGUGCUUUCCAAGACUUGUGAGCCUUUACAAUGAAUGCAAGGAAGGAGAACAAUAGGUGGAACUUUCCAUGUUCUGUUUUAUCUCACAGUCUAUUGUUUAUAUAUUAACUGUUGUUCCUCUGACACCUCAACCCUUUGUCUUUGCACUUUGAACAAUUGUAUUUUUACUUGUGACUCUUUCAAGGCUGUACUAUUUCUUUUGGUGUUGGUAAUGUGUAAUGAUUAAACUGGUAUAUGGUUCUCUCUUUGCAAAAACAGCUCAGGUGAAAAAAAACUGAUGGGAAUGUUAAGCUUUGUGUGGAAACAAAUGUUUCAGGUAAAGGUUAGCAAUAGUCCUAGACACAAAUGAAUUUUAGCCAAUCUAUACUCCCCAGUAUCAAGUGGAUCAGUUAUAAUAAGCAUUUCAGAAUAUUUGUAUAUUUUCCCCCA